CGAGUCGUCAACACUUGAAGAUGUGCGCUAUGAUCUUGUUGUGCCUAUUUCUGUCGCUUUGUGCUGCAGUCUCCGAGGGUAAGCAGGACUUUGCUGUGAACGUCAACAGUGAUGGCACCUACAGCGUCGUUGUUCAGGGAGAUGUGUGGCUGAAGAGCGCUCCCACCUUCUUCAGAGCUGAUGGCCAAGUGUUCUCCUCUGCUGAUGGAUCUCUGAAGCUGGUCAAGAACACUCAGUCCAGUGGAGUGGACAUCAUCGGGCAGUGGGAGGCCAACAGCUUCUUGUACAAGGCAGGGUCCAGUCAGAUCGAGGCCAGCUUUGUACAGUACACACCAGAUCCAAGCAUAUUCACCUACAACAACCCGGCCUUACCGUUCAUGUUGUUCAAACAGCGUUACAUCAAUGGAGCAAACAACACCGCCUCCAAAAUCAGUAACUUCACCAUUUCUGGAUUUCCUGGGUUUCUAAUUCAAGAGUCAACCAUUCCGUUAGGAUACCUAAGCUAUGGAGGAUCUCAGGCUGGAAGCAUUGGUCUCAUUGUAGGGCAAUGGGGACCAUCAUCAUUUACAAUCAACGACGGGAUCGAGGGUGGACCCUUGACGAUAUUUGAUCGAGUGAAGACUGCAAAUACACUGAUUAUCUCCCCUGCCAGUCGGUUUAUGUCGUCAUCAAUAUGGCGUCAGAACUCCAGCACCGGCGGGGACAAUGUCUACUGGGGGACGAUGGGUCGAGUUGAAGAUGUCCCUGUUGGCGUUGAAACCAGCUUUAUUCUUUUCUGUGGUAAUCAAGGUAUUAACAAGGCCUCCGUAAGCUGGGGUCAGAUCUUACAACGAUGGCAUGGACGUACAGAUCAAUAUGUGAAGUCCGACUUUACGAUCAACUACUUAGGGUUCUGGACGGACAAUGGUGCAUAUUACUAUUACGUGACGGAGAAAGGAAAGAACCACCAAGAUACAAUGUUGGAUAUCAAGAGCUACAUGGUACAGAUAGGGGUACCCGUCAGGUACAUUCAGUAUGACGAAUGGUGGUACUACUGGGACAAUGGUUUUGUUUACUUACCAGGUACAUUCAGUAUAACGAAUGGCGGGGCUACUGGGACAAUGGUUUUGUUUACUUACCAGGUACAUUCAGUAUGACGAAUGGUGGUACUACUUAGGACAAUGGGUUUGUUUACUUACCAGGUACAUUCAGUAUAACGAAUGGCGGGACUACUGGGACAAUGGUUUUGUUUAUUUGCCAGGUACAUUCAGUAUGACGAAUGGUGGUACUACUGGGACAAUGGUUUUGUUUAUUUACCAGGUACAUUCGGUAUGACGAAUGGUGGUACUACUGGGACAAUGGUUUUGUUUACUUACCACGUACAUUCGGUUCGAUGAAUGGUGGUACUACUGGGACAAUGGUUUUGUUUACUUACCACGUACAUUCGGUUCGAUGAAUGGUGGUACUACUGGGACAAUGG